GGGAACCAAGAGGCGCUGUCUUCAGAGAAGUGCAUUACCUCGGCGGUAUACAUGGGUGAGGCCGAGUCAGGAAGGAUGCUUGGGGCAGGAGGAAAAGGAAAAGGAGGAGCUGGAUAAGGGCCUGAAGAGAAGAAAUGAAGACCGGGAGCAGGUAGACUUCCAGACCCUGUCGGACUGGAGAGCCCGGUCGUGGCCCGGGCUCCCAGCGGAGCGAGGCACACAGCGCCCAGAGCGCGCAGGACGCGGAGCGGCCCGGAGCGCAGCAUGCUCAGGCCGGCGGCCGCGCAGCCGGUCUACACGGCCGGCUGGGUCACCUGGCCGGGGCAACCCGCCUGCGCCAGCGCCCCGACGGCCGCCGCGCGCCGCCGCCGGGCCCCGGAGGCCACCAUGAAGAAGGAGGUGUGCUCCGUGGCCUUCCUCAAGGCGGUGUUCGCAGAGUUCCUGGCCACCCUCAUCUUUGUCUUCUUCGGUCUCGGUUCGGCCCUCAAGUGGCCGUCGGCACUGCCCACCAUCCUGCAGAUCUCCCUGGCCUUCGGCUUGGCCAUCGGCACCCUGGUCCAAGCCCUGGGGCCGGUGAGUGGAGGCCACAUCAACCCGGCCAUCACCCUGGCUCUCUUGGUAGGCAACCAGAUCUCGCUGCUCCGGGCUGUCUUCUACGUGAUAGCCCAGCUGGUGGGUGCCAUUGCCGGAGCAGGCAUCCUUUACGGAGUGGCACCGACAAAUGCCCGGGGCAACCUGGCCGUCAACGCGCUCAACAACAACACCACGGCGGGCCAGGCGGUGGUGGUGGAGCUCAUCCUGACCUUCCAGCUGGCACUGUGCAUCUUCGCCUCCACCGAUACGCGCCGCUCCAGCCCUGUGGGCGCCCCAGCCCUGUCCAUUGGCCUUUCUGUCACGCUGGGCCACCUUGUGGGGAUCUACUUCACUGGCUGUUCCAUGAACCCAGCUCGCUCCUUUGGCCCUGCAGUGGUCAUGAAACGGUUCAGCUCCUCGCACUGGGUGUUCUGGGUGGGCCCCAUCGUGGGGGCUGUGCUGGCUUCCAUCCUCUACUUCUAUCUGCUGUUCCCCCACUCCCUGAGCCUCAGCGAGCGUGUGGCCAUCGUCAAGGGCACCUACGAGCCAGAGGACGACUGGGAGGAGCAGCGCGAGGAGCGCAAGAAGACCAUAGAGCUGACUGCCCACUGACCAGCGUCAGGCAGGGCGGAAAUCACAGGCAAAGAAGAAGAAAACAAUGACAGCAGAGCUUCCUUCCCCACAGCUGGUUCUCUUGGCUGGGGAGGGGGUGCCGGCUCCCCAGGCUGCACAGUUUGAGAUGGCAGCAGGAACCAGGAUGGGAUGCUCUGGGAGGGGCCAGAGCUGGAGUCUGGUGGGGACCAGGUUUUUCUGGCACAGGGAAGAUUGUACUAUUGGAAUGUCAGACGUCAGAAAUUAGAAAGGCAGUGCCAAGCUCACAUGCUGCCCUGGCCAGGCCAGAAAGGGGUCGCUGUGUCUGCUUCCCCACCCUCCCCAACCCCUCAAGACCUAGAGCCAGGUUGUGGGGGCCAACGCAGGCCCCCCAGAGCACCUCAGCAGGGAGACAGGCUGCUUCCUUGAAUGCCACCUUAUUUAUUUUUGGACAGGGAUGCUUGGAAUGGGGCUGCUGGUGUUUGGGUUGGGGAUUCCCAAUAAAACACUGAUCCUCA